AUGGUUUCAGAACCCAGAUGUGGACCCGUGACUGGUGGAGCCGGCUCAUUGACGGUGUCUCCAUCAGAUUUUGAAAUGCCGCAACCGUUAGUUGAUCGCAGAUCAUCAGUUUCUUUAUUAAAAUGGACUCCUUCAGUGAGACGAAAUACGAAUUCAGAUUUGCCAACUCCUUGCACAACAAGACAAGUAAGUUUUAGUGGCGGGUCAACGAACACGACCGUCGUUACCAAUGCACAACCUAGAACAGAGCCAAUAUCUUUAGCAACAUUAGAUAAAGAUUGCUUCAUAAUACCCGUUCAUAGCUUAGACAGAUUUUUACCAGCUGGAGUACCGCUGCCAACCCCGUCCUCAACCAUAUCUUCCACGGAAACCACCGCAACAUCGCCAGGGCCCCUUAGUGUCCUCGAGGUGGCCGACCCAAAGUUGUGCGUACUUGCUCACCUCAUGAGCCCUUUAGAACCAAUAGAUCCUCUUUUAGAAUCCCCUUUGGCUCAUCCAUUAUUCAAACAAAGAACGGCUGCUUCAGAAUUGCUGACCGAAGUUCAACAAACAAAUACAGCACUUAGUGGAAUGUUAUUGGCCAAUAUGGAAAGAAAUGCUGAAUUUCCAUUUAUAUCAUACUAUGUGAUCAAUACGCAGCAGAAUGAUCCUGCAUUAUUUUACAGUAAUUUAAGAAGUGCUUCUUUGAGCAAAUUUGAACCAAGAGCUUUAAGAUAUACGGCAGCACAUACAUUAGACCUUUAUUGUGAAGUUGCUGCAAUAUGUCGUCCACCUUUACGAGAUGUUAGUGCAGUUAAAAGAAGUCAUACACCCACUACUGGAUAUAUCAUUAGCGUUUAUAAGGUAUUCGAAGGUGACGACGGCGAGCGAUUUGAACGCAACUGGCUGUACUGGACGGGAGCCAGGAUGUUGUACCGUUACCUGCCGCGAGCAGCAGGA